AUGAAGUCUUUAAACGAAUACUGGGAUAUUGGUGACGCAUCGUACCGUUGCCUUCUUUGUGGUGCCAGAUUUUGGUAUGCCGAGCGACUGGGAAAGCCAUCUAACCCAGGGUUCCAAAUUUGCUAUGUUCCUUUUGUCAGGAGUGGUGCUGAAAGAAAUAAUCUUGAUGGGGAAGUAGUGCGUGGUUUGAAAGAGAUGCUCGACCCAUACAAUGUGUUGAGCAUCCCCGCGCACAUACUGGGCUCGUCGAGCUCGCCCAUGCCCGCAGCAACCCCCAUUUUUGAGGCCAUCAGCUCGUCUCCCAUCAUCACGUGCACCUGCCGCGUCUAG